AUGUCAGAUAACGCUGACGAUUCAACAGACGAGGAAGGGAACAACGAUGAUGUGAGGGCAUUGGUCAAUUUCUUAUUCGAAGGUGAAUCCUCGCCAGGUAAUAAGUUUGAUUUUUUUCAAAUGCAGAGUAAGAAGUUUUCUCUGAAGUUUCGAAAAUAAUUCAUGAUGGGUUUUUAGAGCCGAGCGGAUAUGAGAUGGAAUCGCAAUCUGAGGCUCAAGGUCCACCAGAAGAUUUUGAUAUAUCGGUGAAAUAAGUUAAAUUUUUAGAAACUGGUGGUUUUUCCAGAAUCCAUCCUCUCACGGCUAUAUUUUCAAUGAAUCCAAUGAGCCAGUGGAAGUCACGAAUUUCGAAAUGCUGGCUCCGAAUUGCAGUCAUUUUUUGCCAGUUCUUGAAAUCGAUCAUGUCCUUUUUCCAGGUGAUAUUUAACUUUUUUUAUUCAGCUGUAAGUUUUCCAGGCCAAUCAAUACCUUUACGAGGCAAUGACUUCAUAAAGAAGAUUCUCAAUUUUCCGGCCGCCGUUUUGAUUUAUCAAGAUUCGUCGGAAACUCCUUUGAUUGGAGUUACGGCGAGGGUAGGGACAGAUUUAGAGGUGAAAAAUUAAGAAAGUUUUUUUAAGGUAAGGCGAUAUUCUUCGCAGGAUGGGCUGGUACAAGUGGAACUUGUUGCGAUGCAACGCUGUCGAGUUUUACAAAUCGAUAAGGCGGUUUUGUUAGUGGAUUUUAUCAUAGUUUUCAAAUAUUUUUUUCUGAUCUCUUUGAUUUAAUUUUUUUUUUAUUCAUGGCUACAUAGGCGAAGUCGGAAAGGAUGGAAAAAGGCUCCAUAGAAAUGUUCCUUUUUUGCUGCCUUUUUGCGCCAUUUCAAUUGCUUUUAUACACCAUUUUUGCUUCCUCUCCCUUUUCCACCAUUUCUUGAGCUUUAAACUCUUUGAAAAAAAAAAUUUAAGGGACUCUUUUUGCUACCUUUCUGUGGCCUUUUUGAGCCUCUCCCUUUUAGCGGCCAGUAUCCACCAUUCCGAGGGUAAUUCUAGGUCACCCAAAAUUUAUUUUCUUCAAAAUACCCAUCCUUAACAAACUAAAUGUGAAUCUUCAUGAAAUUUUAUUUCAUUCCAAAUAUUUCAGUAGUGAGCCCCAAAUGGCCCGUCUGACGAUCCUUCCCGAGUAUAUGCUCGACAAUCUUUCUUUAAGCGUUCUACCCAACAGUUUUCGUCGUUUUUCUUUGAGAAAGGUUUUGAAAAAUUCUUUUUACCUCUAAAAAAUUAUUUUCCAGCGCAAUCGUCUUGUUACCUUUUUGACGAAUUUCCCGGAAAGCACGUUGAAAUUUGAAGGAUUGGUUUGUGGUUUUCAUUUUGAAGUUUGGUUUUGAAGUUCAUGAUCAUUAGAAAUGAUUUUUGAAGUUUAUUGAAUGUCAAAAAGUUUGAAAAAUUAACACGCUGUCUCUGUAAUUUUCAAAAAGUCUCAAAAGCGACGGGAACAGAAAAAGUUUUUAUUUUUUCAUUUGUGUGAUGAUAAUCCAUCAUCAGAAAUGUGGUCGCAACUUUUUGAGCCAUUUCCUCUUACUGUAGCCGGGUUACGGUAGGCAGGCGGGCACCUGCGUAUCUAAGUAUUGGAGAGUUUUUACUAGGCAAGUGAUUUAUCAAUCGAUAGGCAAUCCAAUUUCAGAAACUUUUACAGUACAUACCAUGCCGGGUUACUGUAGGAAUGUUUGAGUUACGGCAAUUUUUUGUGUUUGGAAAGUCGGUUUUUUAAAAAAAUACAAGUUUUGCAAGAAAUAUACUUUCAAGGUUAAAAUAUAGAUUUUUUUAUAAUGAAAAAAAUUGAAAGUAAACUGUUUCAUCAUUUUGAUUGUUCACUGAGUGUAUGAUCAUAAGCGUUUUUCUGAAAUUAUACACUGUUCAGGAAGAAAAUUGCAAUGACUUGUUGAACUUCUUCACAAAAGUUACGAACAAGGAGAGCCUGCAGAACAUUGUUAACAUGGUUUUUCGAGCUUCGAAAGAUACAGUUCAGAAAGAAAUAUUGUUUAGAGCGAGGAAGUGUUCAGCUUCUGGGCAUGUACCAACGUUCCCGUGGAUAUUCCCACGAAAUAUCAACUUUUGUGCGAAAGUGAGACGCGGGGCCGCAUCGCUUCCGUCUCGGAGAUUGUUCGGAAGGUUCCUGAUUCGAAUUAUUUUCCUUUUUGGUCGAUGAAACGAACUUCAUUUUGAUAUUAGUGAAAAACAGUGCACUGGCUGUAGUGACAAUUGCAUAGGCAAAGUCGAAAAAGGCUUCAUAGAAAUGUUCCUUUUAGGGUAAGAAUGGCUCUUUUUUUCUGCCUUUAAGCUCUUUUCACUAACUCUUCAACACCAUUUUUACUGCCUUCCCCUUUUCCCACCAUUUCUGAAGCCUAUCCCAGAAAGGCUCGAUAAAGGCACUGUUUUGCUGCCUUUUUGUUGCCUUUCUGCGGUUUUUUUUGAGCCUCUCUUUUUUAGUGGUUAUUAUCCACCAUUCCGACAUUGUCCGAGUUAAUGUGUUGCGGCUGGGGACUAACAAAUCCUUGUUUCCCUAUUUUCAAUAUUUCGUAAACCACUGGGUUUUCGGCAGGGUUCGAACUUGUGACCGUUUGGACCGUAGCUAGGCCCGCAACCUGUUGCCUUACGAUGCGCCAUUUGAAAUUAUAACUAAAGUGUAAACUCGAAGAAAAAGUGAUUUUUUUUAGCUCACCAAUAUAAAAUGCAAACAAUGUAAUGCGGUUCUCUCGUCGGCGAAUAAUAUCAUAAAAAUGAGUUCGGAAGGCGUCGGCGGACAUUUUGUCAAUGGAGGUAUUCUAAUUGUUUUUAUCCUAUGAUUAAGAUUAUUUGUCAAUAAAGUUUCCAGUUGCUAAGGAUUCCAAAUUUUUUUGAGGUUGAAUAUUUUAUACUGGAAAGAGUAGAACGGGGAAGGAAAAUAUAGGAGUUUUCAGCUUUUUUUUCAAAAUUUUUCAAUUUUUUUGUCCUUUUUUGAAAAGUUACUUCAAUUCAUCUUUUUUGAGAACUAUCUAUUGCAUCAUGAAUGCUUUCUAGCUUUUUUUAAAAGAGGAAUUUUUUUGGAUAAAUAUUGAUUUUUGUAAUGAAGGAGUUGACCGAUUUUUCUUCUUAAAGCGAGUAAUAUUGAUCUUUUUUUCGGAAUAUAAAUUUUUGAAAUAUAUAAAAAUCUUGUACGCUUCAUAGAAAUUGUUUAAAUCUAAUUUUUUUGCGCAUUUUUUUCAUAAAUUUUUUUGUGUUUUUUUUUUUUUUACAAUUAAAUUGUAAAGCAUUUAAAAAUCUUGUGAGUUUACUUCAUAUAAAAAAAGUUAGAAUCUGAGAUUUUUUUCCAAACUUUCUUUUUAAUUUUGAUUGGUUCUUCAAUGUUUUUCAGAGUUUUUAAAUGAAAACAACCCAAACUUUAAAAAAAUUUUUAUACAGUUUUUCUUGUCUUUAUUUUUGAAAUAUUAUCAUCAUUUUCUAGGGCCUGUCUUUUUGAAAAAUAGUUGAAAAAUAUUUUUUUUUCAGCUGGAUACGUUCAUGACCUCCUCACGGUUUCUUCAUUAGAAAAUUUCGUCAGACGUGGUUUCCCAUCUUUCGAGUACAGUUGGUUCAGAGGGUGAUUUUCUUAAUGAUCUCAAAAAAUGAUCAGAUUUUUUUCCAGAUAUUCCUGGACCAUUUUGGAAUGCUCCGAAUGCGGCUCUCAUCUCGGAUGGGAGUUCAAUUCGUAUAAAUUCAUUCCCAGUAGAUUUUAUGGCCUGACUCGGACAGCUGUUAAUUCUAAUUGAUUAACAAGGCUCAGAAGAUUUUUUUGUACAUACUUGUAUUUUUUUUUUGUUGUACAGUCUUGUAAUAAACCUAUAGUGACUUAAUUUCUAGCGUUGCUCAUCAAAAUUCUGAAAAAAGCUGAAUUAUACGCAUUUAUCUAUCCAUUUUUCAUAACCACGACUCUCCGGAAAAAGUCAAGCUUCUGUUUGCCCAAACAAAAAAAAUUUAUCACAAAGCUGCGAAUUGACAGUUUCUUUCCCAGCUGAUAAGCUCAUUUCCCCCCGGUCAGCUUCAACUUGAACGCUAUGAAGUUUUUCUGGGCCCUGAUUUUUGCUCCUUCGGUCCUGGCCCAACUAGGUAUGGUUAUUUUGAUUAUUUUUUGAGAACAGCUUUGAAGAAAACGUACUUUUCUGUUCACCUUUUGAUUGAAAAUUUAUGAAAUCAUCCAGUUCUUAUUCAGCUAGUUCUUAUGGGUCAUUUUGAUUAAUUUUCGAGAAAAAACUCAGUUUUUUGCAUCAUUUUUGCUUGAAAAUGUAAGAAAUUUGCUCAUUCGGCUUCAGACCUGCUGGGUAUGGUCAUUUCGAUGAAUUUUCAAGAUAAGCUCUGUAAAUAUCGUAUUCUUUCUCGCGGAAGUAUAUUUCUGUUUGAAAAUGUACGAAAAAAUAUUUAUGAGACUAUAAAAACGAGAGAUAGAGAGAGUGGCGGUGAAGAGACAUCAGAGAAGUCAGUAUCUUUUUUUUCCCUGGCGUCUCUUCUGGCUACCAUGCUCUCUUUUGUUCCCUCGAUUUUUCUCUUCACAACAUAAAUUUUCUAAGUCAUUUCAGUGAAACAUUGAACAGAACACUGAAAAAAACUAUUUUCAAGUUCGAAACUGUCUGAUUUUCUUCAUUGUUAUGAGAUUAUCACAAGUAUAAUCCAACGGAAAUGAAAUUUUUCACUUAAGCACUCACGUUUCUGGUUUCUCUAUUUGUUAUCAGUUGAAAAAAGGAGCAAAGAUUGCCGGAAAGGGAGUGUGAUCAUUGAAAUCACUAUCUUUGAUAGACAGGGAAUGAUUUUUUUUGAAGAAAUGUGAUGAAAUGGAGCACAGUUGAAAAAAAAAACGAAUUUUUAGUUCUAAAAAAGCAGUUCUUUCUUCAAAAUUUUUAAGAUCUUCGUAGUCCGAACGGAUUAUGAAACCCCUCAAAAGUUUCUCAGUUCGCCGUGACUUAAAAGUUCUCGCGUAUCUGCGUCUCUCUGUUCCCUCAUCAGCGAGGUCAGAAAAACAUGAAAACAGCACUUCAAAAUAAGAGGGUCGCCGAGAGAUGAGGAGGGCGCAGAGGAAAACAGUUCCUAAAAAACGAUCAAAGCGCUCAUGUAGUCUGUUCAGAUUUUGAAUGCCAAGCAGCAGACCCCGCCCACAACAAAGCUCUGUGGAUGACUCGAUCUCUGAUUGGUUUGAUCUAGGGGGCGGAGUUUGAGCGAUGACUUGACAUUCAAAAUCUGAACAGACAAUAGACGUUGAUGUAACUUAAAGUUCAAAAUUAGCUAUUACAAAUCCCUGAAGGGACCACUUGACUCGAAAAUCUUCAGUUUGUGACAACACAAUACCUCCCACUGAGAACUGGAUCUACGUUUCGGUUCACGGGGGCAAAGAAAUUUCCAGCGCCGGAAUAGUUCCCCCAACUGGCCCGCAUUAUUGUACACAGGUUUGAUUGGAAUACUUGAAAAAUGAAUAAAAAAUACUCAACCUGGUGCUAGAGUGUAAUAAAAAUUACGGAAAAAACUUUUUUUUUCUGAUUAAAUUAUCUCGAAAAACGAUGGUCAAUUAUAUCUCACAAGAAUUUAUGAAUUUCAGCAUAAUUUUACAGGUAAACUCGGGUAGUGGAACUUUAUUGGCACAGUAUCAACUUAUUCAGCCGCCUUACAGGUCCAAAGGCUAGUUUUUAGUUAAAUCAAUCAGGAUACUGUAUAAAAACUGGCUUCUUUGCGUCGUAAUGUUUAUAGGGCUUUAUGGGCGGAAAUCUCCUUUAAAUAACAUCCAAAAUUUUUUUUUGAAACAAGUUCAUGCUCCUUUGAACUCCUCAGCGAAGAACUUUAAGCUUACCUAGCUGGAUCGGUCGACAAAUUUAUCAUUUUUCAAGGUGCCGAAAAAACCUUGCUAGUCGAGAAAUGCUCCGAGAACAAGGGGAGAUUCCUUUCGUGUACGGCGCAGUGCCGUAACAGCUCAACGCAAGGCAAGCUUCUCGACGCGGUUCUCAGCGCAAGCUCGACGCAAGAUUUGGCCAAUUCCGCUUGGGCCAUCUAUGAUAAUGCUCCGAAUGUCGUCGUUGACGUCGUGCAGGUAGAGAUUCUCUUUUAAUCUCGUAAAACUUGGAGCUAUUGUCUAUUCGGCACGACUUGAGACAGCCUGACCUGUCUGCUCUCUCUAUUCUAUCAACGGCAAAUUGGAAGAGACGCCAGAGAAAGAGAGCACUCUGGUUUCUCUGGCGUCUCUUCAGGUCGCCUUAGGAACUCCAGUGUGGUUCCUAUAGGGGUAACCUUAGGGCCCUUGGAGUGUCCCUUCUAGGUACCACUUUACCAACCCCUAUAGAGACCCUCAACGCUUGAAAAAGUGGUCCCUAUAGGGAACAUGCUAGUCGAUAACUCUAUGCGAAAAAGCAUUAAUGCAGAAAUGAAAUGAAAUUGAAAAACCCCUAUAGGGACCACUUAAGCUUUCCCUAAACCCCUAUAGAGAUAGACCCUCGAAAGCCUAAAGAACCUCUAUUUUUCUGUAUUUUUUUCUCAAAAAAAUUGUCUUUUUUGAAACAGUUUCUACCUAAUUUCUGAAGUUUCGUCUCAAAAUAUUUCUUUUUGAGACCAAUUUUUCAUUUAACUCUAAAAUCCUGACCGCUAAAUUUCGUCUAGGUAACUGGAAACUAAAACGCUUGAAAAAAAUUCAUUUUUGAAUAUUUUUCUUCAAGUUCUGGUGUCUUUUCGAAUUCAUUUUAACCAAAUUUCGGGAAUUUCAUCUUAAAAUUAUUAGCUGGACACCAACGCGAUCACCAAUUUCAACCAGCCUCGGGUCGACAAUCCCGACGUCUUCUGUACGGUUAAGGCAGCUUGUGGCGGUUCGAGCGAGUCGGAUCCUCGCCGGGAUUUCGUUGUAAUCAUUUCGAGAAUCAUUACGUGA